AUGGUUGAGUUGCGUGAAUCGCCAAGUGAUAGUUCAGCCAAAAGUGGGUUCUCUUACGAUAUCAGUGAAAAUCACAAUAUCAAAAACUUUAAUCGUAAGUCCGAAGAAGAUAAGUAUCAUAUUCCUAUUCAAUCAUUUUUAGCCUACCAAGAUAAGCGCGAUUAUAGUUCAGAUAGGACAGCAGCAGAUUAUGCUUAUGAUUCUUCUGAUAAGGAAUUUAGUACUCCUGGUAGAUCUACUAGUGAGUUUCACCAUCCACCCUACGAGCGAAUGAGUAGCCAAGUUCGAUCGCCAGUCAUUGGUGGACAGGCAACAGCCACUGGUGGGUUUACAGGACCAGUCACUGGUAGUGGGCCUGGGAGUGCCUGGAGUACCGAGAGUAGACGAACCAACCGAGUCUAUUCGCCAGCGCUGACUGGUCGCCAGUUUCGGAGCCACAGUAUAUCUGGGGUAUCAUCGUUAUCUCUAGGAAAAAGUAUGGAUCAUGAUAAGGGGUUGCAUAGAUUAGAUCAUAACAGUAUAGGCAAUGUUAAUGUGGAUGUAAGUGGUAAUAUUAGAGAUAGUAGAGAUAUGAAUGGUAAUAUUAGAGAUAGUAGUAGAGAUAGUAGAGAUAGUAGUAGAGAGGUGGGUAGAAUGGGGAGAGGCGAGGGCUGGGAAGGGAUGGGAGUAGUAGGUCGGCCGGAAGAAGGUCGAAUGAAUGGAGUAGGAAUAAAUCGAGGAAGUUUAGAUGCCGGACAUGGACUGCCUCGGGCUAUGCCUCCUUUGCGUAUCUUUCGCAAUGAAGAGAUAGAUGAUUCAGCUGAUAGUGAUGAAGGUGGUGACAGUCGAGUGAACAAAGGCCGUAAAAAGAUCAAAAUGGAGUUUAUCAAAGAUAAGGGAAGAAGAGGAGUUACUUUUAGUAAGCGCAAGAAAGGAAUUAUGAAGAAAGCUUAUGAACUAAACGUCUUAACUAAAUGUGAGAUUCUUUUGGUGGUUUCUUCUGAAACUGGCCAUGUGUAUACCUUUGCUACGCCUAAACUACAACCAAUCAUCAAGCAACAUGAAAAUCUAAUUCAGCAGUACUUAAACUCACCUGAGAUAGGAGAACCAAACAAAAUGUACGAAACUCCAGAGAGAUUUGCCACUGAAGGUGCUGGCUACUAUAAAAACACAGAUACCUACGGGUAUGAUGGUAUUUUAAGGGGACAUGGAUAUCCCUCUGGCUACUAUCACAAUGGCUACGAUCCCGACAAUUCACCAGGAGCCGGUCCUCGUCUCUAG